AGGAAAAGAUAUCUGCAAGUACUUCUUACCAUGAUGGCGAACUUUUUCGUCAAGGCUUUGAUGUUUGCAGCAAUAUUCACAAAAGUGUUAGCGUUACCACUUUCCGAUUUUUUUCAAUAUGGAGGAGAAGGUGAUACAGCAAUAAUUGAUAGAGAAAAUAACAUACAACUUUUGUCCAUAGAUGAUGGUGUUCUGCAAAUUAUAACACCUCACAUUCCGUUUUUUGACAGAAUUAAUAACACUAAUGUUCAGAUUUCCACAAACGGCUAUAUUGCAUUUGGAAAAUCAAUAUACAACGUAUAUACGUCGCGGGAAUUCCCUCUAAACGGUGUUGCCAUGAUAGCACCAUUUUGGAAUGACCUUAUGUUCAUAGAAACAUCUGGAAAGUUUUACUAUCAGGUACAUAAAACAGGACCAGCUCUGGAAAAAGCUUCACGAGAAAUCUUACAAAGAAGAGGAAUAGCGAUUCAACCACAUUUCGUGCUUGUUGUUACAUGGUUUAAAACAAAUAUUUAUAGGAACAGCCGAGCAAAAGUGACUUUCCAACUUGCAUUGGCAUGUGACGCAACAGAAACUUAUGCAUUCUUUCUGUACAAUCAAUUGGACUAUUUAUCCAGAACAACAUCGGUUGGGUGGAAUGAUGGAAACAUUACCGAAUCAAAUUUUUUCAGACAUCCAUUGCACCGCAUGGCAAAUGUGAGCAAAUUAGUAGAUACAUCAAAUGUUGGUCUGGAUGGAAUGUGGAUGUAUAGAAUGGGAGAACCUGGAGGGAAUUUCCCAAGAAUUCAUCGUUAUCCUGUCGUUAAAGUAACUACACAAGAUAAUCGCUUAGUUUUCAAUUGCACUCUUGGUGACGAUGUGCUCGAUCCUAGAGGUGUAUAUGAAAUCACGUGGUACAACGGAAAUACAAAGAUUAACAAAACUGACAUUCUCUCCGAUGGCACGAAAACAUCUUUGUUGAUGAAUGAGAACGUGUUUCAAAGUUUAUACCAACUUGGAGCAGAGAUAUCUUGCAAAGUUCGAACAUGGUACUCAAACACAUCUUAUACGAAAAGUCGCUUUUUUGAAAGUAACAAGUUCUUUGCUGGAAUUAAGGUUGAGCCUCGGCAAUUCGUACUAACUGAGUCUUCAGAUGCAGCAAAAGUGAACGUGACUUCUACUAUUCCCAUUAUGUGCGCUGAUGGUAGUGCAAACUGUGAAUUGACCAUUUCUUUUUCAUACCAAGGAUUAGAAGUUUUUCUCAGUACCUGUAUGGUCACAUUUAAACCAAAUUUACCCACUCUGCAAGAGUUGUUGAUUUUUCCUACUCAAGAUUUUGUUGAUGAUGGUGAAGUUAAUGUUACAAUUACACCAGUUGUUAAUAGACCCACAAACAUGUUUGAUUGGCUUAAUCAUGCACCUUCUCUCCCAAUCAAAAUUACAACGACAAGCGUUACGACAGCUUCUUGUUCAUCUUCUGGUGACCCCUACAUCUCCACGUUUGAUAGUAGAUGGUAUUUCUUUUAUAACAUUGGAGAUUUCGUGUUAGCACAAAGUGGUAAAAAUAACUUCAAGAUCCACAUUAGAACAUUUGAUUGUUUACAAGGAGUGACAUGCAACUGCGCUGUAGCUGCCCAAGAAAAAGAUGAUAUUGUUGCAAUUGAUAUGUGCAAUUCUGCUGCACCCAAAUUUAGAUUUCCAACUGGGCACCCUCCGUCUCCAGGAACAAGUUUAAAAGAAAUAAAUCCGUCUAGAUUUCAGAUAGAAUUUCCAUCUGGAACAACAAUCACUUUCCAAGUCCAUCGACGCCUGCACCGUCCAUCUUUUGCCAAUGUCUAUGUUCAAAUAUCUUCUAUAUAUUAUCAAAACACUGUAGGAUUAUGUGGAAGAUUCGAUGGCAACCGAAACAACGAUAUGACAUCAAAAGAAGGAACAGUUUAUCAACAAACGUAUCCUGCUAGUCCUGUUUUUGUAAACAGCUGGAAGUUACGGAAUAAAGCCAGUUUGUUUUUCCAAAAAAGCGGGAGGAAGACAUGCGAUCCACCAACACAAUUAAAACAAACUGACGUGUGCAUCUGUCAUACGAGAGCUAAUGUAGUGGCUUCGAUCUGUGCCGUUGGGAGAUUUGCUUUAAAACCAACCUUCUCGUCUGCAACUACUUUUAAAACAAUCGUUUCUGCCGCGUUCUCCGAUUGUAACCGUCGAAGGCGUCGAAGACGCCGGGCUAUAUCAAACACUAUCAUUAUUCCUGAUGAAGGAGAUGAUACUAUAUACGAAUAUGAUCCACCAGAUCGAUCGUUUGUGCCUUCAACAUGGCCAACAAGCAGCGGAAAAACACAAGCUCAAGUUGAAUCAUUUUGCAAUAACUCUAUUUUAAAUUCAACGUCAGGAAAAGGGUGUUCGGUAACACUGGGAGCGGAUUUUGACAUUGCAACAUUUCGUCAAGAAUGUGUAUCAGAUAUUCAGAUUUCAGAUUCUUAUGACUAUAUCCAAUCCAUCAUUGACUCGAUGACAUCAUCGUGUACAGAAACUGUACUGAAGGGUGUUAGCAAAUAUUGGGUGAGGAACAACAAUGGAACAUUGACACCACCAGCUGCUUUUGCUGACAGCAUUUGUCCAAACGAUUGCAGCGGAAAAGGGCAAUGCAGGAACAGUACUUGUUCAUGCAAUGAUGGAUUUGAGGGAGAAGACUGUUCUAUAGAGACAAAUACACCUCCGACCGUAGUUCCUAGUGUGGAACUUUGUGAUGGUAGGAAUAAAAGCUGCUUAACAGUCAGUGUUAUGGGUAGCAAUAUCCGGACAUCAAAUCCUGUAUUCUGCAAGUUUACUCCAAAGAGUCCUGGAAGCACCUCCAUCACAAAUGGAGCUGUGGUCGUCUCUUUCGCUGAGGUAUUGUGCACUCUUCCAUCUCCUCCUCUUAUUUUGGUCGGUGACCCCUCCAACACUAUUGGCAAGUCUACAAAUGCAUUCUACGUACAGCUCUCAAACGAUGGGACACAAUUCAGUAGGAAUAAAAAGGCAUUUGUAAUUUACGACCCAAAAUGUAUUCAAUGUAAUUCAACCUCUGCUGCUUGUGAAGUGAAGAGAUCAAUGUGCAGAAUCAAUGGAUAUUGUCUUGCGGAAGGUGAAUCGAAUCCAUCACGUUCUGUUGAAGAAUGUGUACCUUCAAUUGAUCAGUAUAACUUCUCAGUAAGACAAGAUAGCUGUCAAUGGUCUGAUUGGUCCGGAUGGACACGAUGUUCGACGACAUGUGCCCAAGGUCAUAUGAGGAGGAGUAGAACAUCUAUAAAUCAAUCAUGUGAUGGACUUAGUCAAGAGUCAAGAGCUUGUCUUCUUCCACCAUGUCCAGAUAAUUGUCAUUGGUCUGGUUGGUCAGCAUGGACAGACUGUUCAACGACAUGUGCUCAUGGAUACAAACGUAGAACUCGAACAGCGAUGAUUCAGUCAUGUAAUGGUCUUGUUUUCAACACUAAAACUUGCUUUCUGGGACCAUGUCCAGAAACUGGUGUUAUGUCAUCUUGGACCAGCUGGACAACUUGCCAAGGAACAUGUGGUGAGGGAUAUCGCAGCAAAAAAAGAAUCUGUUCAAAUAAAAAUUGCCAAGGCAACUUAACAGAUAUAGAAACUUGUAAUGAUGGCUGCCGACUUUCAGAUUGUCCAAGUUUAGUCAAUGAUUUCGACUGUAAUUUUGAGACUCCGUGUUGGGUAUCAGAUCAAACUGGUCACUGGGUAGUUAGCACCCACACUCCGUCUCCAAGUACUGGACCAGAUGUAGAUCAUACCUUCCCAUCAGGUUGUGGUCAUUUCAUUUAUUACGAAGCUAGUGGCAAACCUACUGGACAUGUAGCCUAUCUAACCUCGUCCUCAUUUGUGCCAAUGCAAACCAAAUAUUGUUUUUCAUUCUAUGUGUCAAUGUACACCCGUUUUCUCCAAUAUAUGGGUUCCUUACAUGUCUACAUGGUCAAUAGUGCCACACUGCAGCAAACCCUUCUUUGGGAAAACAUCGGAGUGCUGACAAAUAAUGCUUCACAUUGGGAGAAUGUUAAUAUAGAUGUUGAUGUUGCUGUUGGAGGUGCAAAUAUGUCUUUCCUGUUCAAAGCAGUUAGGGGCAAUGGCUAUAAUUCUGAUAUAGCAAUCGAUGAUGGCACAUUGGUGGCUGGCCAGUGCUAGAGAAACAAUUAAGGUGGACCUAUCUUGAAUUAAUGAUGCCACCCCAACAUCAAACGUUCCUGGAUUUACUAAUUAUCUGACUAAUUUAUCUACGUUUUUGCUUAAUAUUCUGUUUUUGUAUGAUACUAGCAAACAUUUCUAAAUUAUCUAUAUAACUGGAAUGUCUAUUUAGGAUUUCUGCUUUAUUUUUUCAAUGUCACUAUAUAUAUAAAUAUCAUUUAUUUAGUAUUUUCAAUGUACAAUCUUGGACAUAAAUUAGUGGACAAGUAUUAAAUUUUAACUCCCCCAAGCUCAGUGUUGGAGCCAAAACAGUGAUUGACCCUCAAAAUUCAACCUUGAAGUUGGGGGGAAGGGGGGGGGGGAUUAAAAAGUCCAUACAUAUUUUGUCCAAGAUUGUAAAUCUUCCAUGACUAUACAACUUGAACUACUUUAUGCCAAUGUGCAAGGACGCUUAACAGCACCCAGCUGAACUGCAAAACAUUCUUCCACAAGCACUUUCUUCCUAUUAAGUAGUGCUUUAAUACAAUGUUUUUAAUACAAUGGUUUUAAAACUAGACUCUAAUAACUCUUGAUCGUCACUUGUUGAGAAAUGUACUUUAUUAUUAUUUCAUUCACUUGAUUUAUAUAACUUUUGUAGAAUUUGAUUUGUAUAAUUAGAAUUUUGCAGAUAUUUGUGUAAUCUUUGCGAAUUUUGUAUAGAAAUGAUCUUUCUAGAA